AUGGUCCGCUUCUUCACCUUCGUCAGUCUCGUUGGAAUGUUCGGGUACGGGUGUGCCCUUCCGAGCUUCGCAGUGGCAAACAAGCGUCAGAUUUACCAGCACGAAGGAACCGCCUCGCACUAUGUCCCUAAUGGAGUGGGCGCAUGUGGUGUUGAGAUCCCGCCUGGCGACUUUGCUAUUGCCCUCUCACCUGCCGAUCUGUCUGAUUACGGAUGUUUUAAUAACGUCACUAUUGUCAACACGAAUGCCGGCAUCACUCAAUAUGCAUUGGUCCUUGACGAGUGCGCCUCCUGUACUGAAGGCAAUAUAGAAGUCACAGAUGCACUUUAUUUGGCUUUGGGUGGUUCCCUCGACUUGGCGUGGGUAGACGUCACCUGGUAUGGUUAA